GAAGAGACCUGCCCGGAACGAUGACAUUGGCGAGGAUUUAUAUGAAAAUGUAGUUUCCAUCUUCAAUUACCCAGGCAGAGGUAAAGGUGCUGCGACACAACGAUACAUCCUGGGUGGGGAAUUGCAAAUUGCACAUACUUAUAUCCUCAUGAAUUGUCCAGAAAUCUCACCGUUUUAUCAUGAAUUCCGAGCUUCUUUAUCAGCCUUUCCUGAGAAUGAAAUUGAUGCAUUGGUGGACUCUGAUUUUGUAAAUUGGUACAAGUAUCAGAUCAAUAGUCGUGGGAUUGUCGACCCUUUGUUAGUAUCAUUAGCGUGGGGCC